AUGGCAGGAAAUAGCCGGUCAUCAUCACCAAAUUUACAACUUCUUUUAAACCAAAACGAUAUACAAAAUAAUCCUGAACAACAAUCUUCCGAUUCGAGUACAAUGGCAGAUAUUACAACGAAUACGCGAGCUUUACCAACAAGUACGUCAAACUUGAACUCGGCUUCAAACACAAAAGGUUAUAAUAUUUGUCCUGGACCGAGAUCUUCCGCUCUUCGCCCAGCUACCUUAAGGAAGCAAAGGUCACGUAGGCCAUCUUUUCAGUCCGAUCAAGUAACUCCUGAUAUGCGUCCCGUUUUGCAUCUUUUUGAUGUUUUUUCGCAAAAAAUUUAUAUAGAAGGCUAUUUAUGUAAACAGGAUAUUACUAAUUCUAAUAGUGACUGGAUAGAAUAUUACGUGGAAUUAUGUGGUCCUAUCCUAAGUUUUUGGAAAACUGUGAACGAUCCUAAUUCUGAAAUAACAAAAGUAUCUCAAACUCCUUCCGUUUUAAAUAUAUCUUAUUGUUCAAUAGAUUUAUCACAAAAUAAUAGUAUGGAUCAACGAAUGCAUGUGUUUUUUCUUGAUUCUGGCCAGGGAGAAAAUUUCUAUUUACAAACUCCAGAUGAUCAAACUUUAAUAUCAUGGGUUAAUGCAAUUCGUUUAUCUUGCUUUGAAGGUUCAAGAUUACAAGAAGUUUACACGGCAACACUAAUUAAACGUCCCGGACUAAAAGAUUUUGGUAAUGGAACGGUAUUAGUAAAGGGUAAGCUAGAAGGUUAUCUUCAAGUGCAAUUUUCUGGUAAUGUUGAAUCUAAAAAAUAUUGGGUCGUGGUAGCGGAUCACCGUGUUGAAGAAAAAAAGAAAAAAGAUUUAGCAUUUACUAGAGGACAAGCUUUAUUUUAUGAAACAAAGAGAUCCAAAAAGCCAUUCAUGACAGUAGCAAACGUUCUUCAAACUUACGCGAUUUAUCCUGAAAAUCCCUCUCUUAUAGAUAAAACAGUUACUUUUCGUGUUGAAGGCACUCUGUUUCUUACAAAGCCAACUGAAAAUAAACCUGGUGAUUUUGUCAUUUUGACAACUGAUUCACUUAAUGAAGUGACAAAAUGGCUUUUUGGCUUUUUUGAUAGUUUUAAAUUAUAUGGUCGACCAAAAGAAUUAUUAUAUGAUUUUAAAAAUCCAAUUUCUCCCUUUUUUUCUGUACCAACUGGCAGGAAUAACACAAAAUUAUUUUUAGAUCUUAAUGAAAUAGAACAUGUUGAAGUGCAUGAAUCGUUAGCGGAUGUUAAAUCUGUGUUUGCUGAAAUUUUACGUCAAUCUUAUAAUUUACAACAACAACAAUCACCUGAUAAUCCUCAACAAUUACUUACAAGUGUAAAUCAGCAAAAAAAAUUAAAUAUACAAAGUCUUCCUCAGAUUGUGACCGAUGGUUUACCAGAUGAUUAUGUUCUUCAAAGGGCAAUUUCAGUUGAAUCUACUACUACUUCAACAAGUUCAAUUUCUCCUUCUACAUUGAGACCUGCAAGUCAAUCCUCACGCACUAAUUCCAUGACCGGAGGUUCUCAAAAAGGUUCAAUUCCGACUUCGCCCGUAUCACCACAUUCACCUUUAACUCCUAACACUAUGUCAUCACAAGAACAGCCGAAAAAACGAAGUAAAAAACCAGCUAAACAAUUAGCUAGUAGCGAUGAAUCAGAAGAUCAACAAGAUAAUUAUUCACCAAAUGAAAGUGAAAAUUCAGAUGAUGAUGUAUACGAUGACCCAACACUCUUAAAAAAUACACAAGAAAAUUCAAAAAUAAUAGAAAAAAUUAAAUCAGAUGAGCAAAUAAACAUUGGAAGUAGCUUUGGUACAAAUGAAAACAGUGACUUUAUGUCUGAAAUUAUGACUGCUGUUGCUGAACGUAAAGAUGAAGAUGCGUCAACCAAACCUAAAAGGAGAGUUUCAUUUAAAAACCAACCCGCAAAACAGAAAGGCAAAAAUAAGCAAAGACUUGCUCCACUUCCAUCUGAUAGUGAAGAUAGUGGUGAUAGUGAAGAAGAAUCGUCAGUGACAAAGAGUGAUGAAAAUAAUAGUGAUGAAGACAGUAGCGAAGAUUCUAGUCUGAAGAAUAAAAUUUUUAUUACUAAACCAGGUCAUAAAGGAAAUAAUAAGAAAACGAAAGCAAGAACUGUGCCUCAACCAUCCGACAGUAGUGAUGAUAAUGAAUUAAACGAUGAUGAUAAAAAAUUGGGUACACAACCUCAACCUCAAUCAAGAACAUACCGACAAUCUCCUCCUUACGGGUCUGGAUUUAAGCAGCCUCGAGGUAGUAUUAUUUCAAAUAACACUUAUAAUGUUGAUAGAAAUUAUCCACAAGUUCAACAAAAUUUAUAUCCUCAAGGAAAUUUUGAAAACGAUUUAAAUGACAAUAUUCCAUUAGGAAGAAAUCCCGUGCGUAGUCGUAACAUACUUCCUAGUAACAACAUAGCUGCUGAUGAUUAUCAAUUUGAGAUGUCUACGGAAGGUCUAGAUAUAGAUUUUAGUGCGAUAAAUUUCGAUUCUGAGCCUGCGAAUAAUACAAUAGAAAUCGUUGAUAAGAAUAAAAAAGGAAAAAAUGAUAUCAGUAGCGAUGAAUCUGAAACCAAAUCACUGACAUCAGAAGAAGAACCAUUGGCUGCAUUAGUCGAAGAAGGAGUUGGAUUUAACGCUAAUUUUUCUAGACAAAACCUAACACCUAGGUCAAUAUCUCCAAAUUACCUACCUAAUCAAAGAUGGGGAGGACUACCAAUUACAGGCGAUUAUGUGGAAAAUAUGGGUUAUCCUCCGAUAGAUAAUAGGCGUAGUGUGGCGACACCACUCAUUCGAGGUGGCGAAUAUAACGAUGAGGAUUAUAUUGGAGGGCGACCUAGAUCAUUGAUAAACCCUGGACAGAUGAUGGCAGGUCGAAGACGUGUUAGUAAUGGACAAUUAGAUUAUACACGGGAAUCCUUGUAUUUAGAUGAUAGUUAUGAUGAUCGGGGUCAAUUUCAGACACCAAGCCAUUUUCGACCAAUGAGUUUAAUAGAUUCAAGACCACCAUCUCAACAAUUAUCAGCUCGUGAACAAGAAUUUCUCGCUCGGGAGACAGGCGCACCCUUAAUUAAUUUACAGGAGAGACAAAAGGAUCCACAAACCGGAUUAGUUGGAGCCAUUACUGCAAGAGAAAAUCAAAGAAGAGCAAAGGCUAUGAUGGUGGAAAGAGAAAGAGAUCUUUUAUAUAAUCGACAGUCUUAUACUGGACUUCCAAUGGGUGUAGAUCCAAGAUCAAGUAGAUUUCUUGGAAGUCAACAAUAUUUGGAAACAACACCUGGACAAAGAGGUUCUUAUUAUGAAAGCUAUGUGCCAUAUAUACAAUCAGAUGAUGAGGACGACGAUGUUCCUUUGGCUGUUGGUAAUCCCAUUCCACCAACAGUACCGCCGACACAAUCAAGACAAUCUCGUGCUAUGAAGAAUCGGCAAUAUGGCAGAUUUUUUGCUGCAAAUAAUAUUAGAACUUUAUAUUCCAUCUUGGAAAAUAUUUAUAACUUUAAUAUUUAA